AUGACCUACAAUGACGGCCCUUAUCAUGCUUGGUGUAAAGAUAAUGGUGCCAAAGUGUCUACCGACACAAUCUUAGCCACCUUUACUAACCUUGGUCGAAGGUUUGGGUUUCAAGAAGAUAAUGUGAAUAACAUGUAUGAAUUGUUUAUGACCCAAUUGGACUCUCGAUCGAGUAGGAUGGAUUGUUCAGAAGCAUUAUUAUCGUUACAUUUACACUAUAUUGGUGGAGAUUCUGCCAACUAUAAGAAAUGGUACGUGACUGCACAAUUUCCAUACGAAGAUGAGACGUGGACUCCUAAGGACAGGUUUGUUACUAUGGAGAAUGAUGAAUGGAGGCAUAGAUUGAGCUCGUUUAGAGAGGAAGAUUACGUGUUUCAAAUUGCGUUGUACUUGUUGAUAUGGGGCGAAGCGAAUAAUGUCAGAUUCAUGCCAGAGUGCAUUUGCUUUAUAUAUCAAUGUGCUUUGGAUUAUGUGGGUCCCGAUCUUGAAAGGUACUACUUUCUAGAAAAGAUCAUCACCCCGUUGUACAAAUUUUUAAGGGAUCAACAGUACAAAUUAGUCGGAGACCGAUGGAGUAGGAAGGAAAUUGACCAUUCCCAAACAAUUGGCUACGACGAUGUCAAUCAACAUUUUUGGAGUCCCGGGGGGUUAUACAAGAUUAGAUUAGACAACGGAACUAGAGUUUACAAGAUCAAAAGAAAGGACAGAUUUAAAGAGAUACACUUGAUAGAUUGGAAAAAAUCAUUAUCAAAGACAUAUAGAGAAAGAAGAACAUGGAUUCAUGUAUUGAACAAUUUUAACCGAAUCUGGAUUGUGCAUGUGUCGGUAUUCUGGUACUUUAUGUCAUUCAACUCACCAUCUUUGUACACGGCAGAUUACACACCGGAAAAGUCGCCAUUGGCGCAUGUACGAUUGGCAAUAGUGUCGGCUGGGGGCGCAAUCGCAGCCUUGAUUUCACUUUUCGCAGCAAUUUCGGAGUUCUUAUUCAUUAAUAGUAAGAAUGUCAAAAAAUUGAUCACUUGUGCAAUUUUGUUGAUUUUGAAUAUUGCUCCAAUUGUUGUCAUAUUUAUAUUCCUUCCAUGGUCAGAGUAUUCUUACAAAGGCAAUGUUGUUUCUGGGUUGUUGUUGACAUUUUCGAUUUUAACGUUUGUUUAUUUAGCAAUGGUACCUCCUGGUAGCUUUAGCUCAAUUUUUUCAAAUUCAUUCCCGAAAUUGACCUUGAGAAAUCGAGCAUUUUCAAUUUCAUUAUGGGUGGUUGUGUUUGCAGCUAAAUAUUCUGAAUCAUAUUUCUUUUUGAUUCUUUCACUAAAAGACCCCAUUCAGAUUCUAUCUACAUUGACAUUGAAUUGCAAUGAUGGUCAUUUCCUUUGUCCAGCGCAGCCCAAAAUCACAUUGUGUUUGUUUUAUUUCACUGAUUUGAUCUUAUUCUUUCUUGACACAUAUCUUUGGUAUGUCAUUUGCAACGUGAUAUUCUCCGUUGGGUUGUCGUUUUCAUUGGGAGUGUCGAUUUUCACUCCAUGGAGAAACAUUUUCUCGAGAUUACCAGAUAGGAUUUUGACCAAAGUUUAUCAUGGUGAUUCAUCCAAUAGUUUGAUUUUGGUUAUUUCGCAAAUAUGGAAUGGUAUUGUUAUUUCCAUGUUUAGGGAGCACAUUCUUUCAGUUGAGCAGGUCAAGAAGUUGAUUUACCAACGUGAAGAAGACGAAGGGAAUGUGAAACCACCAUUAUUUUUUGCCAAUGAAGAUGAUAAUACGUUCAAACUUUUAGCGUAUAUCAAAAUAGAGGAAGAAUGGGAAAGGAGAAUUACAUUCUUUGCCCAAUCGUUAUCCAGUCCACUUCCUGAUCCAUUUCCAGUGGUGUCGAUGCCAGCUUUCACGGUCCUUAUACCACAUUAUUCGGAAAAGAUCCUCUUAGGGUUGAAGGACCUAAUCAAGGAACAAUCGUUUUCAAAAUUAACAUUGUUAGAAUACUUGAAACAGCUUCACUCAAAGGAAUGGAGUUCGUUUGUCAAGGAUAGCAAAAUGAUUCAGUCACUUGAUGAUGAUGAUGACGACAAUGAUGAGGGCUUGAAUGAAUAUGAAAAGUUCAAACAAAACGAGGAUUUACCAUAUUAUUGCAUCGGUUUUAAAGAUUCAGCACCAGAGAACACUUUACGAACCAGAAUAUGGGCGGCAUUGCGUUGUCAAACAUUGUAUCGAACCGUAUCUGGGUUUAUGAAUUAUGAAGUUGCCUUAAAGAUUUUGUAUCGUAGCGAAAAUAUUGGGUUUGAAAGUGAAGGUGAUUUAUUCAUUGAACGAGAGAUGCAAGAGUUUGUUGAUCGUAAAUUCAAUUUGAUUGUAGCGAUGCAAAAUUUUCAAAGUUUUACCCCAGAAACUAUCGAUGAUGCUGAUGUAUUGUUUCGCGCAUUUCCUAAUGUAAAGAUUGCAAUUUUGGAAGUUGAAAAUGGCACUUACUACUCGACCUUGUUGGAUGUUUCGCAGAGGGAUCAUCUUGGCAACUACCGCAAACGAUUCAAGAUUCGUUUAUCAGGGAAUCCGAUUUUGGGUGAUGGUAAAUCCGAUAAUCAAAAUAAUGCCUUGAUAUUUUACCGUGGUGAGUACAUUCAGGUUAUUGACUCUAAUCAGGAUAAUUACGUGGAAGAAUGCAUAAAAAUCAAAUCGUUAUUAACUGAGUUUGAAGAAAUGGAUCUUGAUGUGUCUUAUGGAUAUACAGCUGAUUCGCCAUUGGAUUCGCCCCCAACGGUUGCAAUCGUUGGGUCUAGAGAGUUUAUAUUUUCUCAAAACAUUGGCAUACUUGGUGAUAUUGCCGCGGGGAAAGAGCAAACAUUUGGUACUUUGUUUGCUAGAACCAUGGGUGAAAUCGGGUCUAAAUUACACUAUGGACACCCUGAUUUUCUCAAUGGAAUAUUUAUGACAACUAGAGGAGGAAUAUCGAAAGCACAACGUGGAUUGCAUUUGAAUGAGGAUAUCUAUGCCGGUAUAACGGCAAUGUGUCGUGGUGGACGAAUCAAACAUUUCGAUUAUUACCAAUGUGGCAAAGGACGUGAUUUGGGAUUCCAAUCAAUUGUCAAUUUCACCAAAAAAAUUGGUGCUGGGAUGGGCGAACAACUUUUGUCAAGAGAGUACUUCUACCUUGGGACAAGAUUACCUAUCGACCGAUUUUUGUCAUUUUACUAUGCCCACCCCGGAUUUCAUAUAAACAACUUGUCAAUAAUGUUGUCCGUCAAGAUAUUUAUGUUUUUGGUGAUGAAUUUGGGGGCGUUGAAUCACAAUACUGUUGAAUGUGAUGAAAGUAAUCCUGUUGCUGGGUGUCAUACAUUGAUGCCGGUUUUGAACUGGAUUGAUCGGUUUAUCCUUUCCGUGUUUGUGUGUUUUUUCAUAUCGUUCCUUCCAUUGAUUAUCCAGGAAUUGAUUGAAAAGGGGUUUGUUAGAUCUAUAUUUCGAGUGAUUUUGCACAUUGUUUCGUUAUCGCCAUUUUUUGAAGUUUUCUUAUGUCAAGUGUAUUCCCGGGCAUUGCGUGACAAUUUUGUAUUUGGCGAAGCACAAUAUAUUGCUACGGGGAGGGAUUUUGCCAUUUCAAGGAUUUCAUUUGCUACAUUGUACACCAGAUAUGCAAAUUUGUCAAUAUACAGCGGCAUUGAAAUUUUUAUGGUGAUUUUAUUUGGAAUGAUGACUGUGAAGCGAGUAGCGUUACUUUGGUUUGUCAUCACUGUAUUGGCGUUGUGUUUUGCCCCUUUUAUGUUUAAUCCCCAUCAAUUUAGCUUUAUGGAUUUCUUCCUUGAUUAUAGAGAUUUCAUACGUUGGUUAUCAAGAGGAAAUUCAAAAGCCAAAGAGUCAUCGUGGAUUCAAUUUUGUCAAAAUGAACGAUCACGUUUGACGGGGGAAAAAUUCGAAGGGCAUUUACUGGGGAGGAAUUCAACGACGUUCAAUUUGCUUUUAGGGGAGGUGGCAACUCCAUUGAUUAGUUUUAUUUUGUAUUUGAUUCCAUUUUUGUUUCUUUAUUCAUCGAACAAGUUGUUUGUGUUGGAUUUGGCGAAUCCAUUGAUUAGAGUGGCCAUUGCCAUUUUCGCACCAUAUGUGUUGAACAUUGUUGUCUUGUUAUUUAUUUGGGUGUUGUCAAUGACAGUGGCUCCAGUAAUUGGACUCUGUGUCAUGAGAAUUCCUUCAUUCUUUGCAGCAUUGGCCCAUUUUUUGUCCAUUUUAUUUCAUGUUGUCAAUAUCGAGUUUUUGUUUCUUUUACAAGAAUAUAGCUUUAUUCAUUUGAUCAGUGCGUUGUUGGUUGUUUUCAGUUUUCAUCGAGCAUUUUCCAGUUUUAUAUUGAUUACGUGUGUUUCUCGAGAACGCGGUGAAAAUGUUACGAAUAAAGCAUGGUGGUCAGGCAAAUGGUACCGUAGUGGGUUGGGAUUCAGAGUCAUUACACAGAAUAUGCGUGAGUUGAUUAUUAAAAUGUUGGAGUUGAACAAGUUUACGUUUGAUUUCGUUUUGGGACAUGUGUUACUCUUGGUUAUGCUUCCCCUAUUGUUUGUGCCAUACAUUGAUACAUUGCAUACAAGCCUUUUGUUUUGGUUGAAACCAAGUCGACAAUUCAAAAGGGCAAUCAUAUCGAAAAGACAAAGGAGAAAAAAAAACUGGCAGGUUGUUCGAUACUUUUUCCUCUUUGUGUUAAUAGUGGCUACCUUCAUAUCACUUGUUGUUAUUCCGCCGUUAUUCAAAUCACAAUUGCUAAAGUUGCAAAAGAAGUUGACCAAGAUGGUUAUUGCUGCAAAUGGAUCUGGCAACUGA